AUGAUGUCGUCAUCGAGCCGCCUAAUCGUGUCGACUGUCUGGAAUCAUCAUCGUGCCGCCAAAGCGCCAUCCAGUUCGUUGGUUCGAUUGUUUUCUUCCAAGAACAACCAAAGCAAUGACGACUCGUCUUCGCUGUUUGAUUCGGCCGGUGGUUACUUCAAUUCCCUAAGGUGGAAGGCUGCCAACGCAUUGACAGCUUCUCUACCAGAAGCUGAGCGAAAUCAAUUGUUGGAACGAAUGGAACCAAAGAAAGAGUCCCAAAACAGCCAAUCAUCGGAACGAGAAGGGCCCACGGUUCCAGAACGAUCCAUUGAUGAAAUCAUUGCGGCAACCAAGGCGGAAGAAGCUGCCAAGUACGAGAAACGGUGGGUCAAUACUAAGGAACAACUGCAAAAAGAAGCCGAAGAAGCUGCUCUCAAACGAGCAGAAAAUGACAUUGCCCUCCAAAAGAGAAAAUUGGCCUUUGAGGCCUGGCAGAAAAAUUUGGAACGAGAAAUGGAAAGCGCGUCCGCUGCAGCAACAACACCAACGAAUGUCACUUCUGUAAAGGAAGAAGUCCUGGCCAGACUGGGAGAUCACCCCAUUCUAGGUCCCGUUCUAGUGGAUUUGGGCAGCAAGCGAUUGCAUUUGGUCACUGCCGAAGCAUUGGCGGCGGUUCCGGUUUGGAAGAAACAACGUACCUACCGACAUCAACGUGCCAAGGAAAUGGCCAACGACAAGAUGACGACGCUUCAUUUGGGUCUACCUGGAAUCGUUGGUAUUUACGAAUCUAGUGACGGCAACCUUUCCAUUAUUGAUGGACAACAUCGCAUUGGAAUGUUGCGCGAGUUGAAGAAUCGCAAUCCAGAAGGCUUUGAUUUUGAACAAAUUCUGGUCGAGGUCUAUCCCCAACAAGAGGGUAUGGAUGAGACGGAGCACGCCCAAGAAUUCUUCUCAGAAGUCAACAAGGCCCAGCCUGUCCGACUGUUGGAUUUGCCCAACAUGGCAAAGGCAUCCCAUCUCAAAAUGAUCAAUGGAGCUGCCAAGACAAUUAAGGAAAAGUAUCCAGAUAUGUUCAGUGAGAGCCAAAGAUGUCGACCGCCACACCUGAACGAAGACAAUCUACGGGACGCCAUCUUUGCGGCCAGCGUCAUUGAUCGGCAUUCCCUGAAGAGUCCCAAACAAUUGCAAGAUUGGAUCAUGACACAAAACGAAAUCAUGCAAGCCAAAUUGCAAGAGGAAGAAGCCCAGCAAAAGGUCAAUGCUAAAGCACUGGAAAAGGCCACAAAAUUUGGUUUCUACUUGGGGCUGGGGAAUGACUGGUAUUACAACUGA